GUUUGAGGAAAGUGUAAAGUUUAUCUACUUCUACCCCAAAUGGAUGUUCGGUAUGGUUCAAAACGAGGCAAAUCUUUCCAUAACACAAGCUCUACGAAAGGGAUAUCACAUAGUUUAUGACCUGGACCACACACUACAAAUCUAUCGUUGGAAUAGAUAUUCUCAUCAAAGAACUACGAUCAAUCCCCACAACAUCACCGUACCUGAUGAGCUGCGUGAUCUGUACGGCUACCAAAUAGUAAUGUUCUGUGAAGAUUAUAUAAGCACUGUUAUGACGUUUGAUGAAUAUUUUUUAGAGCUGAUCGCAAACAAGAGAAAUGCGACUGUCAUUCAAACAGAUGAAUAUUCUUAUGAGGUUAUGGAUGUUAUGCCAUUAAUGAACGUAAAAAAUAUGAUAUUUACAUGGAUAGUACCCUCGUUCGGAACUACCUUCUUAGCAGUGGUUGUCCCUCGGGCUAAGCCUAAGACAAUUGUUUCAAUACUGAUUGAUCCUUUCGAUAUGUAUGUAUGGAUCACCUACUUGGUGCUAGUUCUGACAAUGGCGAUUAGCAUAUCUUUGUUCGGAAAGCUUCUUGGAAGAAGGCGUUUCUUGGAGAUCGUUCUUGAGCUGAUCAUGAUGUGUCUUGCAGGACCAUCGAGAGCUUACGGUGGAACGUUCGAAAACCGAAUAAUCACCUUGUUCUGUCUGAUGGGCAUAGUUCUCGUUUCGUCCUAUCAGUCUUUGAUAAUAUCGUUUAUGUCGUAUGUACGUUAUGAUUCUGAGAUAAACACACUUGAUGAAAUUUACGAACAAUGUUUGUUUCCAGACAAUAAGGAUGCUAAGUUCUUUAACUUCAAAACAUUUCCAAAUGGAUCAAAUCCUGACACAAAUUUCGCUUGUCAUAUGCAAUCGGCACGUGAUAACGAGCAACAGACUAUAAUGAUGCGUUCAAAAUCUAUAGUUGACAAACAUGCGUAUGCCACGGAUCAUCACAUCCGCCAUAGAAUCGAAAAUUUCCGUUUUGCGAAAACUAAAUUUAUUGAGUAUCCUUUGUGUUGGCUCGUAAAAAUGCAUCUUCGAGAGCUCUUUUUGUUUUACACUCAAGCUGUGUUUGAGUCAGGAAUCUAUGAGUAUUAUUACAACAACAAAUCCCAACCCGCUUGGCAGUAUGAGCACAGAACAUUCGUGAAUCAAGUUGUUAUGAUGAAAGAUUUGCUAUUACUUUGGUACGCAUAUGUGGUUGGGAUGGUUGUGAGCAUGUUAUGUUUUGCAGCAGAAACAGUGAUUCAUAAAGAAUUUAAGCGACAUGUUAACUAUUAG